GGGUUCAGAGAAGGCUCUCAGGGAGUGCCCCGUGUCCUGUGGGUGGACAGGCUCCUUUGGUCGUGUCUUUCCACACUGGAAAACAUAUUGUGGUCAGUUUACAUGAGCCUCUGCAGGACAGGUAGGCCCUUGUGUUCCUCUCUCCGUGACUGCUGCAGUGGUAGCCUGAGGCAUAGAGUGAAGGAGAGGAAUGAAUAAGAGUGGAGAAAAAAAGGUAGUCAUUGGUGGUGUUAAUGAUUUUUCUUACUUUUGGACACUCUGCUCAAGGACUUUCCUGGAGAAAUCAGAAAAUAUUGUUAGUUUACUCUUCAUAAAGCAGUAGGAUGAUUUUUUUUGUGCAUGAGAGUCUUACUGAAAAGUUGAAGAGUUAAUCUUUGCUUUUGUCCAUAGAGCUGCGAUACAACCAUACAGGGAGAAUAAGUAGAUUUGAAAAGACGCUCCCUAAGCACACCGCAGUCCUGUCAGGGCCAGGAUUUGAACCUGCAAUACUUCAAUUGGAAACCUUUAACCACCAGGUCACUGGAUAUGUUGUCAUCAAGAGUCGGUGUACGUGGGUGUAAAUGUGCGACAGCGGAGUGUGUGAGGACAAGCCCCCCGCCCCCCCUGUCAGGAUGAGUAGCCAAGGUGGAGCUAAGGAUGCCCAGUCAGCCAAUCACAGCUCUCGACCACUGCCGUCGGUACCUGAGGAGAGGAAGUCCAGGAACAAGAUCAUCUCUAUGUUUGCCUCAGAGAAAGGAGGCAGGAAGAAGGACAGGGACAAAGACAGGCCUGAGAUCUCGUCCCCGUCAGACUUUGAACACACCAUCCAUGUGGGCUUCGACGCUGUCACUGGAGAGUUCACUGGCAUGCCGGAGCAGUGGGCCCGUCUACUCCAAACCUCCAACAUCAGUAUAUCAGAGCAGAAACAGAAUCCUCAGGCCGUCCUCGACAUUCUCAAGUUCUACGACUCUACCAGUGGGAAACAGAAAUACCUCAGUUUUUCCGCGUCAGACAAAGACUCUCAGUCGACGUGCAAACAAGGUACAGCCACGUCACCGUCAGGAGGAAAAGACGGUGAUGAUGAUGACGAUGACGAUACACCGCCUCCAGUGGUCGCUCCCAGACCAGAACACACUAAAUCAGUUUACACCAGGUCAGUGAUCGAUCCACUGCCGGCUCCAGACGGGGACGCCGCCUCAAAGGCAGCGGACAAACAGAAGAAGAAGGGAGGGAAAAUGACUGAUGAGGAGAUCAUGGAAAAACUAAGAACUAUCGUCAGUAUUGGAGAUCCUAAGAAGAAAUACACCCGCUACGAGAAGAUCGGACAGGGGGCGUCUGGUACAGUGUACACAGCCAUAGAUGUCGCCACAGGACAAGAGGUGGCCAUCAAACAGAUCAACCUGCAGAAGCAGCCUAAGAAAGAGCUCAUUAUAAACGAGAUUCUGGUCAUGAAGGAGAUGAAGAACCCAAAUAUUGUCAACUUCCUGGACAGUUUCCUGGUAGGAGAUGAGCUGUAUGUGGUGAUGGAGUAUCUGGCCGGCGGCUCCCUGACUGAUGUUGUGACGGAGACCUGCAUGGACGAGGCUCAGAUCGCUGCUGUGUGCAGAGAGGUCCUUCAGGCUCUGGAGUUUCUUCAUGCCAACCAGGUCAUUCACAGAGACAUCAAGAGUGACAACGUACUGCUGGGAAUGGACGGAUCAGUCAAACUUACUGACUUCGGGUUCUGUGCUCAGAUCACGCCAGAGCAGAGCAAACGCAGCACCAUGGUGGGCACUCCAUACUGGAUGGCUCCAGAGGUUGUAACCAGAAAAGCCUAUGGACCCAAAGUGGACAUAUGGUCCUUAGGGAUCAUGGCCAUUGAGAUGGUGGAGGGAGAACCUCCGUAUCUAAAUGAGAAUCCUCUCAGAGCUUUGUAUUUAAUUGCCACCAAUGGAACCCCAGAGCUGCAGAGUCCAGAGAAGUUGUCUCCCGUCUUCAGGUCCUUCCUGUCUCGCUGCCUAGAGAUGGAUGUGGAGAAACGAGGAUCAGGCAGAGAACUGCUGCAGCAUCCCUUCCUGAAACUGGCCAAGCCUCUGUCCAGCCUCACCCCACUCAUCCUGGCGGCCAAGGAGGCCAUGAGGAGCAACCGUUAACUCAGCGUCUCCAAAGACUUUCAGACUCCAACUGAACCCAGACUCCAACCAGUCACCCAGUGUUUUUAUAUUGGAUUUCACCGACUCGUAAAAAUCAUCUCCGCUCUUGUUCCCCCGUUCAAAUCAUUUAAAAGCCACCAUUGUGCCUUGUACCGGAGCGACAGGUAGCCAUGAUGUUCCCUCUUCUCUCCACACAUUGUGUCUAAAUGUGUUGUUGUCGAGAGUGGACGUUACACAGAGUGUCGCAAAAUCUUCCAACACACUAAAACUCACAAACAAUCUUUUUUUGGCCUGCAUCCUUUUGAACAGGGCGUCUCACACUUUGUUUUUCUUAAUGGUCUGGAUGUGAUGAUGAUUCAGUCCACAACAUAAUUACAUCUACAUGAACUCACCCACUCACGUACAGUACAUUCAUUCCACCAGAUACAGGUGCGGUCCACCGACUGACAUGGCAUGUGGACCCUGGACCGCACUUUGAGAAGCCCUGCUUUAAAAGGAUAGUAAAACAAGUGUUUUUAUGGCUUUAAUGACACAUUCCACACAUUCCACAUAAAAGUCAUUGUCAUCAUCAUCUUCUAAUUAUAGGCAGGAGGUGGUACUUUAAAAUAUCCCAUUUGAUACUUGCAGUUUUCAAAAAGGGGGUUCCAAAUAAUCAUAUACUUAGAUUCUCAAAAGUCUUCACCAUACAAAGCCCUUUCUGAAGACAUUUAUUUAAUUAGGAACUGUUUCACUGCAGGACAUGCAAGCUUGAGUUCCCUGAGAACCGAUGAGCGUUCAGUGUUGACAAAUGAUGACAACAUCAUUCCUUAGAAAAGGGUAGUUUAACCAAAGAAUGUCUCAGAAAAGACUGCGUGCACUUUUACGUAACACUUGCAGCAAGUUGUGCUGUCCAACUUUUUCUUCAGACACGGAAGGCAUCACUAUCAACUCUUGAUUGAUUACAUGGAAAUUCUUCUUUAGAAUAAAAAAAAACGAUGUUAUGAAAGUAAUGAAAGUUACCAUUUAUCCAAAUCAAAAUAUUUCUUAUCAGUAAUUUUUGUAACCUUGUCUGAGACCAGAAUUUAAAUGUUCUGUUUUCACAAAACAAGAUUAAAAUGUCUCUGGUGUGAAAAGACA